UGCCAUUUGGCUCUCGUUCUCAGUCCUCACACACAGUGCUGCAGUGAGCCCAUCCAAGUAAAGACCUCCACCAGGACCAAGCUGAUCAUAUACACCCCUAGCGCAUUCAUCCCUAGAGCAUACACUAGGCCAGCUCAGCGUGGCCCAGUUGCGUUUAUUUCGCCAGAAGCAGAGCACAGAAGAGCAGGAAAACUCUGAGGUACCAUGCAAAAGAGUACAAAGGUGAAGAUCACAUUUGUGGUCAUCCUGAUAGGCAUAGUGUGCAUGUUCACAGCCGUGGUGACGGAUCACUGGGCUGUGUUAAGCCACCAGGUGAACUCUGUAAACAGUACUUGUGAGGCAGCCCAUUUUGGCUUGUGGAGGCUCUGCAAGAAGCACAUUUACAUCGACGAUCCAGAGACCGUGGGGAAAGGAUGUGGACCGAUCAGUCUGCCAGGAGAGGUCAACUGCUCCUACUUCAGACACUUCACUCCUGGAGAAGACUCUGAGAUAUUUGAGGUUAAAACACAAAGAGAGUACAACAUCUCAGCAGCAGCCAUUGCUGUUUUCAGCCUGGCCUUCAUUAUUCUGGGAUCUCUGUGCAUUCUGGGAUCUCUAUGGAAAGGCAAGGAAUAUCUCCACAAACCUGCCGGAAUGUUUUAUGCAUUUGCUGGUGUAUGUGCCAUCAUUUCAGUAGAGGUGAUGAGGCAGUCAGUAAAGAGGAUGAUUGAGAGUGAGGAGACCAUCUGGAUUGAAUACUACUACUCCUGGUCCUUCAUCUGCGCCUGCAUAGCCUUCGCCUUCCUCUUCCUCAGUGGGAUUGCCCUCCUUCUCUUCUCCAUGCCCCACAUGCCUAAGAACCCAUGGGAGACCUGCAUGGAUGCUGAGCCUGAACAGAUUGACUAGAGCCACACCAUGUUAAAUCAUCAUUGUUCUUUUAGCCGUUACAAUCAAAUACGGGGCUUAUAGAAACACAACUGAUUUUGAUUUUCAUAUUGUUUUAGGAGGCACCAGUGUCUUCUUUUGAUUUUGUGUUACUGGGGCAUAGCUGGAGGGAUUUUGGAUUUGAACCUGAAAUAUUUUAUGACAGUUCAUUUUAUGAUGCUUAUUCAUGAUUGGUAAACAUAAUGGAACUGAUAUAACAUGUUUUGUGCUGUAAAAGUGCAUAAUGAUGCUCACAAAAGGUGUCCAUAUUUAAUGCCAAAUUAACACAUCUGUUCAUUUGGUUUAAUCACAUUUUACUGGCUAGCAGCUGCAAAACAAGCUUAAGCCAGCAGGAUCAGGCAUUUUUCCUGCUUGUGUUUGAACGCUAACAGCCAGCGAGCUAUACUCUAAAUGUAGCAAUAUCAAAGUGCCAGCCAAUGAAGUCUAUUACAGGAGGACAAAAUGAAUAAAUUCAAAUCAAAGAUAAAAUGUCUUUUUCACCAUUUUACCAGCAUGUUAUUUUAAUUAUUAUCAGUGGAACUGUCAUGAAUGUAUUUUAUUUCCUCUGCCUAUUGCCAUUAUUAAUAUGGCAAGAUUGGUGGAUGGUAAAUAGUGACAAAUUCUGAAUCUCAUUAUCGCUCCUACUACUAACACAAAUUGCAUGAGCAUGUCACACUUAUGAAUGAAAUUUUUUUAUUCUUAUUUAAUAAAAUUUUUAUUUUAUUUUUUUAAUCUUGACACGAGCUCAGUGUGAAACCCUUUAAAAAAUAUUUAAAUUUUGACUUAAAUUAUCCAUCGUACUUUCUGAUAUGAAACUUAAAACUUUGCCAUCAUGGUCUAAAUCUGUAUAUUUCUAUAUUUCUAGCACACAGUUGAUGUGACUGAAUAGAGUUGUUUUAAAUGUGUGUUUCAUGUUUUAUUGCUGUACAUACUGUAUACAGACAUUUGUACUUUGGGGCUGUCAGGAACUCAUAGAAGUAUUUUGCCUGUGUAAUUUUUUUAUUUUAUUUUAUUUUUUUUUAAGUGAGUGAGAAUGAUGCAAUUCUAAAUGACAAAGAUAACAUUUGCUGAAUUGUCAUCUUCUAUAAAGUGAUUUUGCAUUCUAUUUCUAUUUAGUCCUGCUUGAUAUACCACGCUGUGGAUUUGUGGGCAUGUCUAUACUAGUCCUCUAUGCUAGCCUUGUUUUGAAAGACACUAGAUCUGUGUCUCAGCUUUCAGCUCUGAACAGAAUGUUAAUAUGCAGUUUGCCAUGGCCUCUGAAUGUCUGGCCAGAAAUUUUGGAGUGCUUUCAGUUCUGGCAGGUGUGAACACAAAUGCUGUCUUUUGCUCUUUUGGAGUUUCAAGUUUAAAAAAAAAAAAACCCGCUAGGUCUAUUGCUGCAUAGCCAAUCCGGCCUCCCCUGCCCAGCAGUCUUCCACAUACAUCUUACACUACUCUUAAAUGCUUCCAGAUCAGAUGUUCACUAUUUUCAAUAUUCUUCAUGAACCAGAGGCACGUUGAAGAUUUCUUAAUUCCACUAGACCUGAAACACAUGCCUUAAAAUGUAAAGAUAUUUCAAAUAAACUCACAGUAUAAUUCAUGGUGUAAUAAUAUCAUUUACACUAUGCAUGCUUUACACUAUACAGGCACCUACUGGUUAGUAAGCUUUAACACAUUGCAGUAUAGCUAUGAAUGCUUCUUCCAGAUUUUUUGAGUUUUCCAUUAUUGUACUUCAUACAAAAAAUCGAAUAGCUAAGUUAAUUCAUACGUUAUUCUAUUAUAUAUGUUAGCUUUAUGUUCUGGAAGAGAAACAUGAAUAUUUCUUUUACACUCCUGUAUGACUUGCACAGUUUGGUGAUUUUCCUGAUUAAAUAUAUCCGAUUAAACUCGUUACUUAUCCAGGUUUGGUGCAUUUCAUUGAAGCUCGUAGACAGAGGAACUAUUGUGGUGUCAUAAAGCGAGUCGUUUCCCACCAUUCGUUAAUUGCUGUUGCUUCUAGCUAAAAUCUCUAUCUCUUGGUUAACUGUACAGUAUAAGCAAUGAAAAAAUAUUUUGGACCUUCAGUUUCAGGUUCUGAGAGCUAUGCUAUCCCUUUGCAGAUUUCCUCUAUAGUUUAAUUAAACUUAUUUUUAGAGAACCAGGGAGUUGAAAUUGUUAUUAUAAAUUCCAUUUCGUACUUACUAAAGACUGUUUUUCAAAGUGAAGCCAUAUUUUUUAUUAUUAAUUAUGUGCAUGCUUAAACUGAGAGCUUUCAGAUAUAUUGUAGAUAAACGUAGUGCAUUUAACCCUGCUAGAUCUGCUAUUUUGAACAAGUUCAGAUGUAUGCAUCCUAUGUCAUGACAUUUUAUUGGAAAAUAAAUGCAAUUAAUGAGA